CCGCUAUUCUUGACGAAAGUUGAACGCUAUUCUUGACGUCUCUUCUCGCGUUGACUUCCCAUCAUCGUAUAUUCGCCAUGCGACAUCACGCAUGCGCCCGCUAUUUCGCGCAAGCGUAGAAUUACAUAUUGAAAAAAGAGUGGGGAUGAAAGAGGCACGCAGUCAGAAUAGCCCAGUCAACGCGGUCCCAACUUGUCAUGAAUAGCUGGCGCGCGUCUGACUGUAUAAAUAACAAAUAAAAAUUUAUCGCACAUAUGACAUCAAGUUGUCAAACCUUUUCAUUUUUGUUUUUUGUUAUCAAAAAAAAAACGAUUUACGACAAAUUUAUCGUAAUUUUGAUUGAGCAAAUCGCGCGUCGUAUCGUAUUUUUCACAACUGCGACAACUUCGUCGGUUGACGGAGGAACCAACAAAACCUUCUCCGAUAGUCUCCGCAAAUCUCUCGGAGAGAUUAUAAAUAUCACAGUUGUGAGAGAUCACGAACGCGGAACGUGAGUAGAGCGACAGAAAAAGAAAAAAAAGAGGAAGACAAACGAUCACGCGGACGUUUAGCACGAAAUCAGACGGGACGAUAAGUGUUGGCGCCUGCGCACGUUUUUGGAUGAAUUCGUUCCUCCUAAUACGAACGUAAAGAUAAAAGAUAACAAGGAGAUUGUGAGAGAGUGCUCGUCGAAUUCGAAUAAUAGUGCCGAGUAAAAAACGUUCCGCCAUUCUGUUUUGCGGCGCGUUUGCUUUUAAAUCGCGAUCCAUUUAAAUAAGAGUCGGAGAGAGAGAUAGAUAGAUAGAUAGAUAGAGAGAGAGGACAUGACAGAAACGUCGGACCCGCUGAUUGAAGUACCGAAGGAAGGAGGAUUGAAGGGAGAGAUUGUGACGCAGGCCUCGUCUCAGGACAAGCAUCACAAUAGCAAACGGACACAAUGGAGACAGUGGCUAGCGUGCAUAUCAGCAACACUAUCGAUGGUGGCGGUAGGCACCGUUUACGGAUGGACCACUACGUCGCUCUCAAAACUCACGUCCGGUACCUCCGACGUUCCGGUGAAAAUAACCGACGACGAGAGCUCGUGGAUCGUCUCGCUGACGGUGAUCGGUUCAAUGAUCGGUCCGUUUCUCGGUGCGAGUCUUGCCGAUCGAUACGGCCGUAAGAGAUGCCUCCUGCUCGCGAGCGGCUUCUUUAUUGUCGGUUGGACCACCGUGUUCUUCGCUCAGAGCGUCGAGGCUCUUUACAUCUCCAGAGUGAUCCUCGGCAUCGGCGUCGGCAUCUCGUACACCACCAAUCCGAUGUACGUGUCGGAGAUUGCCGAUGUCGGAAUUCGGGGUGCCCUUGGCACCUUGAUCGCCGUGAACGUGUUCACUGGCUCGCUAUUGACUUGCAGUAUCGGUCCCUGGGUAUCCUACAAGAUGCUAGCGGUUAUUCUCCUUGCCGUACCCCUUGUCUUCAUCGUGUGCUUCUCCUGGUUUCCCGAGACACCGGCUUUCCUCGCUGCCAGAGGUCGCGUAUCGGAAGCCACCAGGUCUCUGGCGUUCUUCAAAGGAAUUCGCGAUCGGGACGAAGCUCGAACGGAACUGGAACACGCUCUGCGCAACGUCUUUAUCGAGGACGUCCGUGACAAUAUUCCGAUCACCGGCCCCGGCGCUCGAACGGAACCAGUCAAACGCAGCUGGAUAGCCAAGCUGAAGCUGAUGAUGUUGCCCAGCAACACCCGCGCUCUCGGUAUCAUACUUGGCUUAGUCGCGGCGCAGCAACUUAGCGGGAACUUCAGUACCAUGCAGUAUCUCGAAGUGCUAUUCAAGAAAGCGGCCAUCGGUAUCGACUUCUACGUGGCUACGAUACUUGUGCUCGCGGUCGGUCUCGUCUCAGGCGGAUUGUCAACCGCCACCGUCGAAGGUGCGGGUAGACGCCCGUUGCUGAUCGCCUCCACCUUGAGCUCUUCCGUUACCCUGGCGAUUUUGGCGAUAUAUCUCAUGCUGGACGAAAAGGGCAUCGACGUCUCCGCGGUCAAUCUUCUACCAGUUAUCGAUGUGAUCGUUUUUCAGGUAGCUUUUCAACUCGGUCUGGGAACGUUGCCGAACGCGCUGAUCGGCGAGCUGUUCCCCACGGAAGUUAAGGCGUUCGCCGGCGCUAUCAUCACGGUUUUCGACGGCGUGCUCGGUUUCGCCGUUUCCAAAUUGUACCAAGUGAUCGGUGAUUGGUUAGGCGCCGACACCGUGUACUUCUUCUUCGCGGCGUCGUGUUUUCUAGCAUUUAUCAUGGUGAUAUUCGCCAUGCCGGAAACCAAAGGCCGAACGUUCCGCGAGAUUCAGGAACUUCUGGCGAGCGGCGAGAAAAAGACAGACAAUCAUCAAACUCCACAGAACCGGAGUAAUACGGCGUGACAGAGACAACUGUGCCGCACUCCACGCCAAACGUUAGACGAUUCCGUUAAAGUGACGGACUUUGAAACGGCGAUUACUUACGUUUACUUGUACAUAUGUAUAUUUCGUAUUCUGUGCAAUAAAAAUCGGGACUUGAAGGCGAAAUCGCUCCUCCUCAACAAGUUUGUUAACAAUUUUCACUUGCUGUCGCAAAAAAAGAAAAAAUUAUUUUAUUGUUAAAAUAUAUAAUUUUAUUCUCGCGUAAAUUCACAUCGAUACGAAUACAUGUAUAGAGUAAACGCAAUAUAGGAAAUACUCGUUUUAUAUAAAUAAACAUUAUUCUGAUAUAUACGCAUAUAAACGCAUAUUGAGACUUUUUAAAUUACGCAGAACUCUUGAGAGUUUUAUGUCAGCAAUUAAAGCAGACUGACUUUAUUAGUCGGAUGAAAUUUUAAACCGUUAUCCUUACCGCGCUAAUUUAUUGUUUUGACACGAGGAAGUGUUUGUCAUGUUUGCGACAUGCGGAAAAGCGAUUAACAAGCAAAAUAACACACCGACAAAACGUAUGACGGAAUUCUCGGAAGAACAAAGAAGAUCUCACAGAGGUUGUGGCGAUGUCGGAAUUUUCAUUUCCCCUUUUGUACGUCAAUGAAACUGCACACGAACGGCCACGCAGUUGACGAUAGACAUUUCAAUUUAUUUUCCCGUAUUCAGCGCACAGCUGCCGUGCAUCAUUUUGAGGUCGCGCGCACCGUCCAUUUAUUCAUUAAAUAGAAAAUUGAAAGAGGGCAGCAGGCUGCAGAAGUAAUUACACCGAUAAAAAGUGUAAAAAAAACCCAUCACGUUUGAUAAAAUUAACCUACAGAACUAGGCAAGUACAGCGUGUACAUAUAUAUACGUACAUAUACACAUAUAUAUAAAUAUAUAUAUAUAUUCGAAUAUAUAUAUAUAUUCGCUCGAUCGGAAAGAGUGAGAAUUUCACCUCGGCAAAUGGACGGAAUAAUUUUUCUCAUCAUUCAUCGGGCGAAAAAGUGAUGACAAAGAAUCACAAAUGUGAGGAGGAGAAAUGCGGAAUCGUUCGAUAUAUUCGCGAGCGAGAAAUUUCGCGCACAUUUUUCGCACAUCCGCUUGGAUGGAAAGCUCGUACAGGUGCACGUACCUAUAUAUCGAGAUAACGCAAUUGUUGCAACCGGUGCUCUUACGGUGAUGGCGCAUGUAGAGAGGAUGAUUUCGUCUUAAAAUCGAUCGCAUCCAAAUCCACUCGCUUAUUCGGGAAUGGCACGGUUUCUCGGACGCGGAUGCGGCAUCGACGAAAUAAAUUCACCAUUCCGCAGACGCACACAUGCGCCAUCAUUCAAGAAAUCAGCAGUGGUGAAUCAUGGGGAAAAAAAUGGUUGGGUGAAUUUUUAAUUUAUUGAAAAUUGCGCGGCUUUCUCUCGUGAAUAUUUUACGCGGCGCGACGACACGAUUCUUCUUUUAUUCGCAGAAAAUUAUGGUUUUCCGAUUU